CCCGGGAGUCUCGCGGUGACAGACAGCUGAGCUCAUCGGUAGAAAAGAAAGGAAUUGCAAAUGGAGGUGGCAAUAAUGAUCAUUCUUUGAACGACAAAAAGGUACAUCUCGCCAUGUCUGAGUCUCUGUAUGAGAAGUUUUUAGCGCCAGAUGAGCCUUUCCCCCUCCUCUCCCAAAGAGCCAACCUCAGUGAUGUGGGAACUCUGGAUGUGAGUGACUUCGGCUGUCAACUCUCAUCUUGUCACAGAACAGAUCCUCUACACCGCUUCCACAGCAACAGGUGGAACCUCACUUCCUGCGGGACCAGUGUUGCCAGCUCAGAGUGCAGCGAAGAGCUCUUCUCCUCCGUGUCCGUGGGGGAUCAGGACGACUGCUACUCCCUUCUGGAUGACCAAGAACUAACAUCCCUGGACCUGUUUCCAGAGGGCAGCGUUUGCAGUGAUGUGUCCUCCUCUAUCAGCACCUACUGGGAUUGGUCCGACAGCGAGUUUGAGUGGCAGUUGCCAGGAAGUGACAUUGCCAGCGGCAGUGAUGUUCUGUCAGACAUCAUCCCGAGCGUGCCAAGUUCCCCCUGUCUGUUUUCCAAGAGGAAGCCUAAGCCCCACCCUCACCGCAACCUGGAUGAGUUACCAUGGAGUGCCAUGACCAACGAUGAACAGGUGGAGUACAUUGAGUACCUGAGUCGGAAGGUGAGCACAGAGAUGGGCCUGAGAGAGCAGCUGGACAUCAUCAAGAUCAUCGACCCCUGUGCUCAAAUCUCUCCCACCGACAGCGAGUUCAUCAUCGAGCUCAACUGUCUCACCGACGAGAAACUCAAGCAGGUGCGUAACUACAUCCGAGAGCACAGCCCCAGGCAGCGGGCCAGCAGCACCAGAGAGGGCUGGAAGAGGAGCAGCCACAGCAGUGCCAGCACCGGCGGGGUCAGCGCAGCCAGCAGCAGUAACGCCAGCAUGGUCAGCUCUGCCAGCUCCUCCACCGGCUCCACAGCCUCCAACUCUGUAGCAGGUGGCCCAGCGUCAGCCUGUAGUGGAGGCAGUGUUGCUAACAUUAGCAGAGCUCACAGCGAUGGCAACCUUUCCAGUGCUGCAGAACGUAUACGAGACUCUAAAAAACGUUCCAAGCAGCGUAAGCUUCAGCAGAAAGCCCUCCGGAAGCGGCAGCUGAAGGAGCAGCGGCAGGCCCGCAAGGAGCGCCUGAGUGGACUCUUUCUGAACGAGGAGGUGCUGGCGCUGCGCGUGACUGAGGAGGAGGACCGCGGCGACGACCUGGACAUACUCAUGUGACACCAGUGAACCAAUCGGUGCUCCCUCUACGCCUGUUCCCUCCCCCCCGCACGGCCGCUGCCAUAGAGCCCAUAGACCACGCUACUCCCGAUCACUGCAUGCCAUUAGCUUUGAGUAGGCUAACGUAAUGCAUUUUGUAAGAGUAAUGUCUGCUAGGCAGUAAUAGCUUGUAGUGGCUUCUGACAUAGCUUUGACAUAUGGCUUGCUAAUGCUAGUGUAGUACCGCUAGUGCUUAAACUGAUAGCCCCACUGCAAUCACUACUAAGCUAGCUAUAGCAAUAAUGCUAAAAAUGCCGCGAAUGCUUUGACUAGACACCGACCUCAGUCCAGCCUGCUUAUAGCCAGUUAUAAUGCUGUGACCACCUAGAAGCUCGCAGAUGCACACAAAUAUACACUACUAAAGACAGUUAUGUCCACUUCGUGCUGUUAAGAAGAGGAUUGCUUCUAGAUGCUGCAACAGCGUAUAUCCAUUGCUACUAAUACAGCCCCCGCCGGCAGAAGGACAGAUCAGGCAAGAGAAGCAGAGUUUGGCCGCAUUAUGCCGACGCUGCUCUGCGGGAACCAGUUGUUUUUGUUUUUUUUUCUUCAUAACAUACAGGGGAGCUAUGUGCAAGGUGGCAGUAGAUUCCACCCAUCUGCCUACACAUGCAUCCAUACUCACAGGGCUAUAUUCUGCACUGGCCAAACUCUCUUAAACUUAAACUGCUGCAGGUAAUGUUACAGCACGAGUAUACAUCUGAAGGCCUACAGUCCAAGUGGCUUGAGUGGAAAGUGGGGCUGCUCUAUUACGG